AUAAGUUAUUUUGUUUCAUUUCAUUAUUAUUCAUUGAAUGCGUGCCAAAACCUGGACAGUGGGCAGUUUGACUCAGUUUGAGUGACCAGUUAGACCAGCCACUUCUUUGCUGGUGUCUACUCGAGCCGUUACAGAGUAACCAACUUUUACAUUUGGCUGAACUAUGGCAUCAACACGGCGGCCCGCGCAGACUCCGACAGCUCCUUCGAGGUCAAGCGUUCCCACCAGUCCUUUUGAUUUUGAAGUAAGGAACUAUGGCGACCUUCAGCGACUGCGCGACGUCAUCUACAACGAGUUCCUCGUCUCGGCUCAGCGAGCCAGUGAGCAAAAGAAUAAAGUUUUGGCUUUUCAGAAAUACUCUGAUUGCCAUCGUCUUUUAGAGGUGGGGCUGAGGGUCUACUGUAAGCGCUUGGGGGACUGCAAUAGGGGUAAGAGGUCCCAGGCCAAGUUAAUGCAGCAGAAGAUGAAAAAGACAAACCAGGAAGUGGUGCUGAGACUGUAAGAGUUGCAAGAUGACGUGGCACAGGAGGCUGGGGAGCUGCAGGUCAGUUGUCAGGCCAUCGGUGACGCCCUGCCCCUGUCGCAUGACGAAACAGUAAGCGAGGACGAGGGCCCCCAUCAUGGCAUGGACGAGGAAUUGAUGCUUCACAGGGACCAUAAUAUUAUUAUAUCUGCCGCUGAAGUUUCCGAGGAUCGAAUGAGCCAUCGUACUGAGAUCUUCAGAAUUCACUACGGUGUGGAGAUCAUUUACAUCAGCCCAGAGGGUGUGGUCAGCGCCCCGUCCUGUCCCAGCUCUUUGGUCAUCGUCAGUCUCACACGGGCCGAUGAAGGCCACACCCAGCGCAAAGGAACAGCAUCUGUCUUCCUUCAAGUUGGAGACUGGAUGUACCCACUGGUUGCAGGUUCCACACCAGCCUUGCGCACCGUCGAUGGAGCUUACUUGUUCCCCGACAAUAAUACAAAGCAACCAGGUUCGGUAGUAUGCCUCAAGCUGCCCGAACGUCUGGCUGAGCGGAAGCGAAGCAGAUUUGAGCGUCUCAUCGAGUCGUUCACUGCCCUGGAGCUGCAAAGGGACCACUCUCGCCACAACCGGCAGGGGCAUAAGAACCCACCACAGUACGGCACAUGUAAACUGAGUGAAAUCAAGGCGUCGAGCAACUCUGACAACAUCGUCACAGGGGCAGAGUGGAUCGCCUGGGGCAUUGAGAAAACCGCUGAGAAGGUGGGUGACCUCAUCAGAGUCGGUUCCGAGAAACUACGAGAGCAGAUACCUCCAGAGUCUACUGAAUGCAAUGUUGACCCAGGGAUGCAGAUGGCCAUGGCCGUUGCCAGAAAGACCGCUGAAGGCGUGGCUGAUUUCACGGGAUUCAUGGUGGCUGCACUGGGAGAGGCGACCAUGUUUGUAGGACGCCAGCUGGCCCCUCACGUCCGCCGUCAGGGGGAGAAGUACUUGCCUGAGCACAUGAGCAGAACGGACCCCUGGACAGGCAAGUCUGAACUGGAUGAUUUGGCGGAGAAGACAGCCUCGGGAAUCAAAGGUUUCUGCACGGUCUACGCAGCCCUGGAUUCGGCAGCAAGGUCCAUGGGGAGGAGCCUGGCCAACGAGACUGUCCAGGUGAUGCAGCACAAGUACGGCGCUCAGGUGGGCCAGCUGACCGAGAACGCAGUGUACACAGCCGGCAGCGCCCUGCAAUGUGUCUACAACAGAAAAUGCCUUGGGGCCAAGGCUGUGGCGAAAAGGGUAGCCAGAGACACGGGAAAGGCAGUGGUGGAGGACAUAAACAAGUCUCCCCAGCACACGUCUUCUUAUUGUGGAUCUUUCUAUAAAUUGUAAAAUGUGUCACGGCGCGGUGGAAUCAGCUCGUCAAUUUUUAGGCAUAUGAAUCUAUUGGUAUCAUUCUCUUAAAGCUUGUUCAUUUAUCUUGCAGUUGGUGAAAAAAAUCUAUCUGUCUUGAAUAGAAGAAGGUAGGGGUCACCUGGUGUCAGAGGUAAAAUUAGCGGCCAAAGUUUGGUGACUUCCAAAGCUUGAGUGUGAUUGGAAACUGUAAAUUUACAUUCUUUGUGCCUUUGAUCAGCGUUUGUGAGUACAAAUCCACUCAGAAUGUGUUUUUAAAUGGACAUAAACAGUACAGCAUUAGGAGAAAAAAAAAGAAAAUUCGAAAAAAAGCCAAACAGCCCCAAAAAUGCCGGUUUAUUUGAUUUCAUUAAUUUAACAAGCGCCUGAUUUCACCGCGAUGCCUCAUAAAUGAUUGGAGUUAUAAACCUGGAAUGUAAGAUUUUCAGGAGAGUGAAAAAACUUCCUUUCUUAACUUUUAAAAUAAAUGUAUUCCUUUCUUUAACCCUUUUUGAACCAUACAGGCCUGAACCGGCCUACUUGUCACGUUGUCAUACCAUUUUUACCGGCCUGACACACCCGCACUUUAUAGUGCAGGCCUAGAAAUGAAAACAUUCCACUUUAAAGUGAGAUGCUGACGUCCUAGGUCCUUGUACGUGAAUUUUUUGUUUUUGAAAUCCAUCGCUUAGACCAAAAUCAUACGCAAAUUCUUUGCUUCACACCCUGAACCUCCUAAAAAAAAAA